AGCGAAACAUGUGUAACCAUCAUUUCCACAACCAUGCCGGUAUAAAUUAAUUCUUCAACCCCGCUUAUCCAUCAACAAGCACGUCUCUCAUGAAAGGUAAAGCAAAGAAGAGGUCCAGGAAGAGUAAGCUCCCGGAACAUCAAAAUCAGGGCUUGGACUCUUGCGACCAUACAGACUGUACGGAGCCUAUACAAUCGUGCGAAGCGAAAAUGUCGAAAGCAUUGUGGCAAUGCCGUGAAAAAGGAUUGUUCACAGAUAUAACGAUUCGCUGCGCAAGUCAAGAGUUCAAGGCACACCGAGUGAUUAUAAGCUCAUUAUCAGAGUAUUUCAUGGCAGUGUGCCAAGGAGACUGGAAGGAAAAUGAAGAAAACGAAAUCCUCUUAAAGGACCACAAUCCGCUUCUUGUAGAGAAGAUGCUUCAUUUUCUCUACCAGCUUGAUUACUCCGAAGAUCUAAACGACAAGUUAGCAGACGACGGCAUUGCGAGUCUUGAUAUAGAAUCGGAAGUGGAGGAUUAUGAAGAAGAUGGAGACAACCAUGUAAAAGAAAUGACGGCCAAUGGAAGGCACGAGAAGAUUAGCUCUCCUCUCGUACUUCAUGUGUUGAUGUAUUCCAUGGGGGAUGAAUUCGGGAUACAGAGUCUCAAGGACUACGCAGUUAAAAGAGCGGGCGAAAACGUUGGGCAUAAGUCAACAUGUGACAACCUCAUCGAAGCAGCUCGUACAGCUUAUGAAACCACCCUUGACUCCGAUCGAGCAAUGCGCGACCUCAUCUGUAAAGCGGCAUAUGACAGAAUAUACGACCUGGUGGGGAGACCAGAUUUGAGCAUCUUGAUAAGGGGGUGUCCAAUGUUGACGGUGGAUUUGUUGGAGAAAGUUCUCCAAAGCCAUUAUGGAUACCGCAACCGUUACCGUUGAGUAAAUUUCUCCAUAUCAAUUUAGACGUAGCAACUCAGCCCACAAUAAUAUACCAGUCCCAUGAUGUUUGAUGAUAUAAUACUGUAGUGCAGUUUUUAGAGAGGUUUUGUGGAGGAGC